CUCCUCGUACUAGCGGGGAGCUACUACCUAGCGACCAACUACACCCCUCCACCCAAAUCAGCAAGACUAUGGCCCGACAUCCCGCCCUCCAUCGCUACAAUAUCCACCAUCACCGGCAUCCUCGUCCUGACCUUCAUCCUCGGCCGCCUGCCCCCAUUCUGGCGUACUUUAAACAAAUACAUGGCCGUCAUUUCCCCACAGCCACAACCCCUCAGCAUGCUCGGCGCCGUCUUCCGCCACGAUACUUUCUACCACCUAGCAGCCAACGUCCUAGUUCUCUGGGCCUUCGGCCCAGCCCUCAACACCGAAGUCGGCCGAGGAAGCUUCCUAGCUAUCUUCCUCUCCGCCGGCGCCGUGGGCAACUUCGCCUCCCUCACCCGUUUAGUGCUUACUAAACAGUGGACGGCAUGGUCUUUUGGCGCCUCAGGGGCCGUGCUGGGGGUGUUGGCAGCGACUUGUGUCGUCCGCCCGAACGGGAGUGUGAGGUUGGCGCCCUUUUUGGGGAGUGGCGAGGUGCCGUUUGCAAGUUGGGUUGUUCUGGCGCUUGUGAUGGCAGCGGAGGUGGUGGCGUUGAGGUGGCGGGUGGGGGGCCGGAGCGAUCACGUCAGUCAUCUUGGUGGUAUGGCUACUGGUGUUGCUGCGGGCAUGAUGCUACGU